UGAUGCUUUCAGCUCAGAAAGGGAGAGAGAGAGAGAGAGAGUGAGAAAGAGAGAGAGAGAGAGAGAGAGAGAGAGAGAGAGCGAGCUUCAAAGCAGUAAACAUCUGUGAUGUGGCGUAAGGCAUGCUUGAAGAGAAAAUGAAAGUAAAAGAGUGAAGAAAAGCUGUGCAGAUAUUCGCCUUCAUCGCAUGGUCAUUAUAAUCUUAUCUGGUACAGGAACCCAAAAACAGAAACAUUAUUCUACACUGAUUUUAUCAACAUCCACAGAACCUUCAGACAGGAGUGAUGCUGAGGCAAAAAAGAAAAGAUUGAUUCCCACCACCGCAUACCUGUGCUGAUCACUGACCAACAGCAGGCAAUCAAAUUUCUGAAACAAUGUCAACAAAGCCUGAGAAGAAUAAUGCCUCUACGAUGAGUGACACAGAGGAUGCUGACAUUCAAAGCUGUGUGUCCAUGAAGAGUGACCAAUCAAAAGACCCUCCCCACAAUUUCAUAGAGGAAAAAAUACCCAAAGAUGAAAGGAGACCAAGCUCACCUUCAUCCAGCUGUGUGUCCUUGAAGAGUGACCAAUCCAAAGACCCCCCUCACAACUUCAGAAAUGAAGAAUCACGUACUCAAGAAAGGAGAUCAAGCUCACCGUUAUCCAGCUCUGUGUCCAUGAAGAGUGACCAGUCUAAGGACCCCCCUCACAACUUCAGAAAUGAAGAAGCACCAGCUCAGGAGAGGAGACCAAACUCCCCUUUAUCCAGCUGUGUGUCCAUGAAGAGUGACCAGUCCAAAGACCCCCCUCACAACUUCAGUGGUGAAGAAUCAUCUACUCAAGAAAGGAGACCAGGCUCACCUAGAACCAGCUGUGUGUCCAUGAAAAGUGACCAGUCAAAAGAUCCACCUCACAACUUCAGAAAUGAAGAAUUACCUGCACAGGAAAGGAGACCAAGCUCACCUAGACCCAGUGGUGUGUCCAUGAAGAGUGACCAGUCAAAAGACCCUCCUCACAACUUCAGAAAUAAAGACUCACCAGCUAAAGAAAGGAAGAGACGAGGCUCAUCCAGACCCAGUUGUGCGUUCAUGAAGAGUGACAAGUCUAAAGACCCCCCUCACAACUUCAGAGAAGAAUUACCCACAGAGGAACAGGGUUUGCAUGAAAAAUUGGAGCCUAAUUUACAGACUUUCGGUGACCAGGAAAGUUUUAAGAAGACCCCGGAUCUUUGUCGCAUCUUCUCUGACCUGGAGAACAAAAUAAUUGUUUUCAUCAAGCAUGAGCUGGAGCGGUUCAGGAAGAUUCUGACAAAAGAAAACACAAAAUACUAUGAAAAGCUGACAGAUGACUGGUGCAGCGCUAAAGAGGGAGCUCUUAACCUUGCUUUGCACUUUUUGAAGAAGAUGAAGCACGAUAACAUUGCUGAUGCACUGGAGACAAAUGAGCUGGUUGUCAUUCGUCAGUGUGAACUCAAGUCCAAUAUGAAAAACAAGUAUACACGUAUAUUUGAAGGAAUAGCACAGAGAGGUGGUUCUAGUCUCCUAAACAAAAUCUACACAGAUCUCUACAUCACAGAGGGUGUUAAGGCCAAAGAUGAACCUGAGCUGAAAAAGAUUGAGGCGGCAUCCAAGAAUCAGGAAACAACAGAGAUCCAAAUUCAGUGCAAUGACAUGUUCAAACCGUUAAGUGAAGAAGACAAACCCAUCAGAACUGUGAUGACACAGGGCAUUGCUGGUAUUGGAAAAUCAGUCUCUGUGCAGAAGUUCAUUCUAGAAUGGGCAGAAGGAACUGAAAAUCAGAGAAUUAAGUUCAUCUUCCCACUUCCAUUCAGAGAGCUGAAUUUGAAGGAGGGAAAACACAGUCUGAUGGAUAUUCUUAACCAGUUUUUCCCAGAGACGAAAGGACUGAGAUUUCGGGAAAAGUACAAAGUCAUGUUUGUCUUUGAUGGUCUAGAUGAAUGCCGGCUCCCUCUAAAUUUCAAGAAAAACGAGCUUUGCACUAAUGAAACACAGAAAGCAUCGUUAGAUGUUCUGCUGACAAACCUCAUCAAGGGAAAUCUGCUGCCCUCUGCUCUGAUCUGGAUAACCACUAGACCAGCAGCUGCUGCUAAAAUCCCUGCUGAGUUUAUCGACCGGGUGACAGAGGUGCGCGGCUUCAAUGAUGAGCAGAAAGAUGAAUACUUCAGAAAGAGAAUCAGUGAUCAGGACCUGGCCAACAAAAUAAUUGAUCACAUCAGAGAAUCAAGAAGUCUCCACAUCAUGUGCCACAUCCCUGUCUUCUGUUGGAUCUCAGCCACUGUACUCGAGCGACUUUUGGAAGGAACACAGAAUGAAGACACUCCAAAAACACUGACACAAAUGUACACACGAUUUCUGAUCUUCCAGACCAUACAGAAAAAUCAGAAGUAUGAUGAGCACACUGCUUCGGAUGUACCCUGGGAUAAAGAUGGCAUAUUGGCCCUAGGAAAACUGGCUUUUCAGCACUUGGAGAAGAACAACCUGAUCUUCUACAGCGAGGACCUGAGAGUGUGCGGUAUUGAGAUCAGUGAAACUUCAGUAUACUCUGGAGUGUGCACACAAGAGACUGGGAUGUUUCUGGGCACAGUGUACAGCUUUGUUCAUCUGAGCAUUCAGGAGUUUAUUGCUGCUUUGUAUGCAUACAUUUGUCUCAACAAUGACAAGAAGAAUGUCUUUUCCCACCAGAACACAUCACAGGAAAAUGGAAAUGAGACCAGUGUUAGUUUGCUGAAGACUGCAGUCGACAAGGCUUUAGAGAGUGACAAAGGCCACCUGGACCUCUUCCUUCGCUUCCUUCUAGGUCUCUCACUGGAGACCAAUCAGGUGCUCAUACGAGGUUUGUUGACCCACACAGGAAGCAGCUCUGACAGCAACAAGGAAAUAGUCCAGUACAUUAAAGAUAAGUUUGGGGAAAAUCCAUCUCCAGAGAGAUCAAUCAAUCUCUUCUACUGUCUGAAUGAACUGAAUGACCGUUCUCUAGUGCAGGAAAUGCAGAAGCAAAUAAAAGAUGGAACACUUUCUAUGAGUGAACUCUCACCUGCACAGUGGUCAGCUCUGGUCUUUGUGUUGCUGACCAGAUCAGAGGAGAAGCUGGAAGUUUUUGACCUGAAGAAGUUCAUCGGAUCAGAUGAAUGUCUUAAGAAACUGCUUCCAGUGGUCGAAACUUUUAAAACAGCUCUGCUCAAUGACUGUGUAUUGACAGAGACCAGCUGCUCAGCUUUAGUUAAACCUCUAAGCUCAGAAUCGUCAAAGCUGACUGAGCUGGACCUUAGUGACAAUGCUCUACAGGACUCAGGACUAAACCUGCUCUCUGCUGGACUAAAUAGCAAAAACUGUAAACUGGAGGAACUGAGGCUUAAUAACUGUAGCCUAACAAAGGAAAGCUGUCCAGUUAUGGCUUCAAUUUUCAGCUUAGAGCAUUCCAAGUUGAAAAGCCUGGAACUGAGUAAAAACAAUCUGCUGGAUUCAGGAGUGCGGCAUCUUACUGCUGGAUUGGAGAAACCACAGGUUAAGCUCAAAACAUUGAGGCUGUGUGACUGCGGUAUAACAGAGCAAGGCUGUGCUGCUUUGGUUUCAGCUCUAAAAUUAAAUUCCUCAUCACACUUGAUAGAGGUGGAUCUGAGUGAGAAUAAAGUUGGAGAUGCAGGAGUGGAGAAGCUCUCUGAAAUACUGAAUAAUUAUAGUUGCAAACUGGAAAAACUGAAACUCAGCAAAUGUUGCAUCACAGAAAAAGGAUAUGCUGCUCUGGCUUCAGCUCUGAAAUCAAACCGCUAUUCAUGCCUGAUGGAUUUGGAUCUCAGAGAGAACGAUCCUGGAGAUACAGGAGUGAAGAUGAUCACUGAUCCAAAAUGUAAAUUGAAGACACUGAGGCUGUUGAAAAGUUCUGAUGCAGAGGAAGCCUGUAAGUUUCUAACUGAAAGUGUACAUACAAAUCCCAUACUGCAGAGAGAGCUGGAUCUGAGUUGGAAAACACUAGAAGACUCAAGAGUGAAGCAGCUCUCUGCUCUACUGGCAGAUUCACACUGCAGACUUCUGGAACUUAGACUGAAUAAGAGUGGAGUUAAUGAGGAAGGCUGUGCUGCUCUUGUGUCAGCUCUUUGUUUAAAUCCUUCACACCUGAGAACACUGGAUCUGAGUGGGAAUAAAGUUGGUAAAUCUGGAGCGGAGAAGAUUGGCACUCUAUUGGAGAAUGCUAAAUGUGAACUGCUGAAACUAGGACUCAGUAACUGCAGUAUAACAGAGGAAGGCUGUGCUGCUGUGGCAUCGGCUGUGGAGAAAAAUCCUACACAUCUGAAAGAACUGGAUCUGAGUGGGAAUAAAAUAGGAGGUUCUGGACUUGAUCAACUCUCUGCUUUACUGAACAAUCCAAACUGCAUCCUAGACACACUGAGGCUCAGUUACUGUCAUAUUGCAGGGGAAGGAUAUGCUGCUCUGGCUUCAGGUCUGAAAUCAAACCCCUCAUCACACCUCCAAGAGCUGGAUCUCAGAGGGAACGAUCCUGGAGAUACAGGAGUGGAGCUGCUCACUAAUCUACUAGAGGAUCCAAACUGUAAACUGAAGACACUGAGGUUGUUGAAACGUUCUGAAGCCGAAGACGCCUGUUCUUCUCUGACUCAAGUUCUAAAUCUAAACCCCUUACUGCAAACAGAGCUGGAUCUGAAAGGGAAAAUACAAGGAGACACAAAAGUCAGGCAACUUUCUCUUCUGCUCGAAGAUUCACACUGCAGACUGCAAAAACUUGGGAUUUCAGACUGCAGUAUAACAGGGAAUGGAUAUGCUGCUCUGGCUUUAGCUCUGAAAUCCAACCCUUCAUCACACCUGACAGAGCUGGAUCUCAGAGGGAACGAUCCUGGAGAUACAGGCGUGAAGUUGCUCACUGAUUUACAAAAAGAUCCAAAAUAUAAACUGGAGACACUUAGACUAUUGACAAGUGAUGAUGCAGUAGAAGCCCAUGCUUUCCUCUCUGAAUCUUUAAAAAGAGAGCCCUUGCUUCUAACAGAGCUGAAUCUGAGCUCAAAAAAACUAGGACCUACAGAACUGAAGCAACUCUCUGCUCUACUGAUGGACUCUCACUGCAAAUUAAAGACACUUAAGCUCAACAAAUGUGACCUAACAGAGAAAAGCUGUGAAUAUCUGGCCAAAGUUCUCAGUUCAAAAGAUUCCAAACUGACUGAGUUGAACCUCAGUAACAAUAACCUAGGGGAUUCAGGAGUGAAGAAACUCUCAACUGCGCUGAAAAAUAUACACUGUAAACUGGAAACCCUGAGGCUUUCAGACUGUAGUGUAGGCGAGGAAGGAUAUGCUGCUCUGGCUUCAACUCUAAAAUCAAAUUACUUAUCACUCCUGAAAGAGCUGGAUCUCAGUGGGAAUGAUCCUGGAGAUAAAGGAGUGGAGCUGAUCAGUAACACAUCUUCAGGAAAUAAACCAAGGAAAAUAAGGUUGUUGAAAAAUCCUGCUGCAGAUGCAGCCCAUGACUCUCUUACUAAAGCUCUCAGAAAAGAUCCCUUAUUGCAGACUGACCUGGAUCUGAGGAAGUACCAACCAAAGGAUGUAGGAGUAAAGCAGAUAUGUGGAGUACUGGAGGAUUCACACUGCAGACUGAAGACCCUUAAGCUGUAUAAAUCAGGCAGUAUUACAGAGAGAGACUGUGCUGAUCUGAUUUCUGCUCUGAUUGUAAACCCCUCACACCUGAGAGAGCUGGAUCUGAAUGAGAAUAAACUAAAUGAAUCAGGAGUGCAAAAGCUCUGCAUUCUACUGAAGAAUGCUUGCUGUAAACUGGAGAAACUGAAGCUAAAUAAGAACAGUAUUAAGGGCAAGGGCUGUGCUGAUCUGGCAUCAGCUCUUUCUUCAAACCUUUCACACCUAAGAGAGCUGGAUCUGAGUGAGAAUGAAAUUCAGGAUUCAGGAAUGAAGGAUUUUUGUGCUGUACUGAAGACUCAAAACUGUAAACUAGAAAAACUACUGCUAAAGAACUGCGGUAUAAAAGAGGAAGGCUGUGCUGCUCUGGCUGCAGCUCUGAAAUCAAACUCCUCACACCUGAAAGUGCUUGAUCUGUGUGGAAACAAACCAGGGACAUCAGUGAAUGACCUUGCUGAAGUGCUGAAGGAUUCAGGAUGCAAGAUACUAUUGGAUGCCUCUUUUAAGAACAUGAUUACAGAAGGUGUAAACACAGUAUUUUCUUGGUUCGGCUUUGGUUCUGAAAAUUCAGAAACAGCAAAUGAAACCUUGACUGCAAACACUGGGAAGGAAACAAAAAGAGAAGGUGCAGGUGGCAAGCGAUCAACCCCAAGUAAAAUGGAUGAGGCAAAACAACCACCAUCAUGGAGUGGAGGGGAUGAGGCAAGACCGCCUUUAGUGUGGAGUGGAGGGGAUGAGGCAAGACGGCCACCAGCGUGGAGUGGAGGAGAUGAGGCAAGACGGCCACCAGUGUCGAGUGGCAUGUAUGAGUCAAGAGAGCCACCAGUGUCGAGUGGCAAGUAUGAGUCAAGACAGCCACCAGUGUCAAGUGGAGCAGGUCUCGACUAUCUAGCUGAAGUGCCUAAAGGAGCAGAGACUAAACCUAGACAAGCAGAGCAGACUUCAAAGAAGUGGGGUGACUAUGGCAGAGGGGAGCAGGGCACUAAGAAAAGUUCAGAAACAGAUCACACACAAGAUCCACUCAAAUCUACUCUGAAAAAAUAUAGGAAAAAGUAA